AUGUCUACGCCACUUGAUCAGCAGCAGCAGCAACCACCAACAGAGGUGACCCAGCAAGCCUACACAGCCCACACGGGUCACGGUUCAGUUGGACCCGUUAUAGCAGUUCUCGCAGUGAUCACCAUUCUUGGAGUUAUAGCCGGUAUGAUCGGUCGUUUAUGUUCGGGUCGGAGGGUCAUGGGUCAUUGGCAAUAUGAUUUUGAAGGUUGGGUAGAGAGAAAAUGUUCUUCUUGCAUUGAUGGGAGGAUUGACCCACCACCUACAACCCGACCCGCUGAUAUUCCAGUUGCAGAACCAGUUGAGGAUCAAGAAAGCAAAGAAGAAGAACAAGUACAAGAGCGACAUAAAAAGAAAUCGCAUGGAAGCAGUACUAGUGAAUCUUGA